ACGCGAUUUCUGUUGAAGGAGUUGCGGGUUUAGCCACAUGUUUUGCAGGGGACUAGGAAAUUAAAGUUUUAUAGUUAUCAGCAUGAGAUUAUGACGAUGUACGUGUCGCUUCGUGUCACUGCGCAUCUAGCCCGCUGUUGUGUGCUGUGCUCGAAGUCGAACGGACUGUUGCCCCGGGUUGCAUCAUUAGAAAUCGGGAAUAACUCCAAUCGUUCUGUGGUAGGCUCGCACUCCAGACAGUUGCACGUCUCCUCAAGUCUCCUUAGAAAGGACUAUUACGAUGUCCUCGGCGUUCCCAGGAAUGCAAGUCAAAAGGACAUUAAGAAAGCGUAUUAUCAGCUCGCAAAAAAGUACCACCCGGACACUAACAAGGGAGACCCUGAGGCACAGAAGAAGUUCCAAGAAGUGUCCGAAGCUUACGAAGUGUUGAGUGACGAAGGCAAGAGGCAGCAGUAUGACAGCUGGGGCUCAACCUCAGGCUUUGCUGGUGGAAAUAGCUCUGGAACUGGUCCACAGUGGAGCGCCGAGGGAUUCCACUCAACCAUUGACCCCGAGGAACUCUUCCGCAAGAUAUUUGGUGAUCUUGGCGGCCGGACGGGAUUCUCCGACUUUGACUUCUCGGAGUCCCAGUUUGGCUUUGGGGGAGCUCAAGAGGUGAUCCUCAACUUGACCUUUCAACAAGCCGCUCGAGGGGUUAAUAAGGACGUGACAGUCAACGUGGUUGACACGUGUCGUCGUUGCCAAGGCACCCGCAGUGAACCUGGCACCAAGCUAGUCCGGUGCCCUUUCUGCAAUGGCAGUGGCAUGGAGACGGUCAGCACAGGGCCAUUCGUGAUGAGGAGCACAUGUCGGCACUGUCAUGGCACUCGCAUGCAUAUCCAGGCACCCUGCAUAGAAUGCCAUGCCAAGGGCACCACUGUACAGCGCAAAACGGUCACGGUCCCCGUACCUGCAGGUGUGGAGGAUGGGCAGACGGUACGCAUGCAAGUGGGCAAGAAAGAGCUCUUUGUCACAUUCAAGGUUGCACGGAGCGACUAUUUCCGUCGUGAUGGGGCAGACAUUCACACAGACGCUGCCAUCACGCUCUCCCAAGCAGUCCUUGGCGGCACUGUGCGAGUUCAGGGUCUCUACGAUGACAUCAUGCUGAAGAUCCCCACGGGAACCUCAUCACACACCAAAAUUCGGUUGGCAAACAAGGGAGUGAAACGGCUGAAUAGCUCCGGAUAUGGAGAUCACUAUGUCCAUCUAAAAAUCCGAAUACCACAGCGACUAAAUGAGAAGCAGAAAGCGCUGAUUCAGGCGUAUGCUGAGCUGGAGACGGACACGCCUGGCACGAUCGAUGGCCUAGUCAACACGAGGCAAGGUAGGGACACGCAUGAAUAAGGAGUUGUGCUCGUGACGUGUUAUA